GUAGCUUGGCAAGCCAGGGAUUAGAGUUUGGACUCGCCAUUUCGUUACCGACUUUUAUCAUGGCAUCCAUCGCAAGGGCGCUCCAAAAUAUUCGUGCAGCAAGAGCACUUAUCAAGCAGACAGAUGUAAAUGUUAGAUUUGCAUCUUCAGGAGUGCAAACCCCUAUUACAACACACUAUACAGUAUGCCCACGUGAAAAGGAUCCAAGAUGGAAAGACAUUGACAUGACACGAGUGAUUGAUGAAGCAGAUGUGGUGAUUAUUGGUGGGGGUCCAGCCGGAAUGUCAGCUGCCAUUCGACUGAAGCAGUUGGCCAGCAAGGAGGGCAAAAAUUUUAGAGUAAUUGUUGUAGAGAAAGCUUCACAAGUUGGUGGACACACUUUGUCAGGAGCAUGUAUAGAGCCACAUGCUCUAGAAGAACUUUUUCCAGACUGGAAGGAGAAAGGAGCACCUUUGCAUACUCCAGUAACAAAUGAGAAAUUUGCAUUUCUCACUGAAAAGGCUCGUAUACCUCUACCCAUUUUACCUGGUAUGCCAAUGGCCAACCAUGGGAACUAUAUUGUUCGCCUUGGUAACGUCGUCAAAUGGCUUGGGGAGCAGGCCGAGGCUUUGGGUGUUGAGAUCUACAGUGGUGUGGGUGCAAGUGAGCUUCUAUAUCAUGAAGAUGGGAGUUUAAAGGGUGUGGCCACAAAUGAUGUUGGCAUUAACAAAGAUGGAUCACCAAAAGAAAACUUUGAGCGUGGAAUGGAACUUCAUGCUAAGAUGACUAUAUUCGCUGAAGGUUGUCAUGGACACCUAACCAAGCAACUGAUUAAGCGGUUUAACCUCAGGGAGAGCAGCAGGCCUCAGACAUAUGGCAUUGGCUUUAAAGAAUUGUGGGAGGUGGAUCCAUCAUUCCACAAACCUGGGACUGUGAUCCACACAGUGGGCUGGCCUUUUAGCAAAGAUGUUUAUGGAGGCACAUUCCUGUACCAUCUAGGGGAAGGAGAGCCACUCAUUUCUGUAGGAGCAGUGAUAGGUUUAGACUACACCAACCCCUAUCUUAGCCCAUUCCAGGAGUUCCAACGAUUUAAGCACCAUCCUAGCGUGGAGCCCAUGUUCAAGAGUGGCAAGCGCUUGGCUUAUGGUGCUCGUGCACUCAACGAGGGAGGUGUGCAAAGUAUUCCAAAGCUGACUUUCCCUGGAGGAUGUUUGACUGGCUGUACUGCUGGUUUCAUGAAUGUACCAAAGAUCAAAGGAACGCACAAUGCAAUGAAAAGUGGCAUAAUUGCAGCUGACAGUGUGUUUGAAACUCUCACCAAUGAAGAGCUUGUUCUCAGGUCUAAAACUGCAGGAGUAGAGCCUGGGGUUUAUGAAGACAAAUUUCGCAAUAGCUCCGUGUGGAAAGAGCUUUUCUGUGUGCGCAAUGUGCGGCCUUCAUUUAACUCUCCACUAGGAUUCUAUGGAGGCGUGCUGUACACAGGCAUUGUGUGGUACAUAUUUCGUGGCCGAGAGCCAUGGACGUUUAGACAUGGAGCAUCUGACAGUGAAAAACUGCUUCCAGCAAAUCGUUGUCAGCCUAUCAAUUACCCAAAGCCAGAUGGACAAGUCAGCUUUGAUAUUCUAACUUCUGUGGCAUUGACUGGGACAUUCCAUGACCACAAUCAGCCACCACAUCUGACCUUACUUGAUGACUCUCUACCAGUCAAAGAAAACCUGGCUGUUUAUGAUGGGCCUGAGCAGAGAUUCUGUCCUGCAGGUGUUUAUGAAUAUGUGGAGACAGAAGAUGGAAAAGGUAAACGACUUCAGAUCAAUGCUCAGAACUGCAUCCACUGCAAGACCUGUGAUAUCAAGGAUCCAAGUCAGAACAUCAACUGGGUUGUUCCUCAAGGAGCAGACGGACCAGCAUACAAUGGGAUGUAGACAUUUUAAACAGUCAGCUCUUCCUCUGUAAAUUCACCCACAUCAGCAAAUUUCAUUUAGUAAUUAAAUAUGGUUAUACCUACUUGCAAUGGAUUUAUUGAAGAUGUUAGGUACUGGUCACCAUUCAUCUCUCCAAGACCUCAUGUUGUUUCGGCCUUUUCUUAGACUACACAAUGUGUUGAAUGCACUUUAUAUACGCUAUGAAUCUUUGACUGGCCAUUUAUAGCUGUAGUAUACUUUUGCGAAAAGGUUUUUCUAGCUCAAGGUUAUGCAGGCAUUGUGAUCCAGACUCUUGUCCAGAGACAUCAUGAGGUUUACACAUAUUUCAUCAAUGCUCAUUAUUCUUAUAAGGGGAUCGAUCUACAUAUCAUUUUUUUUGCACGGCUAUAAAUCUUCUUUGACAAUGGAACAAUUCAACACUGUCAGGAGAAGUUUUAUCAUUCAUCUAUCUCAGUGUUAUCUGAGAUGUAAAUUGUCUUGUUGGGCAGUGCAUUUCCACAAAAUGAGGCCACAGUAGUGAAUUGUUAGAUAAUAUCCAUAAUGAGCCAAUAAAUUUAGUGCAAGCACACUAGUCUACCAAAUACUGCUGCAAAGGGUGUAGCAGAACAAUACUGACUUUGUUUAUAAUUCUGAUGAUAAUAUUAGUAUUUAUUCCAAUCCAGUGUAUGCCACUGGUCAAAUUAAUCUACCAAAUCUGCUCCACUUCAUCACUUGCAUAUACAUUAUCAAUGCAUGUAUGAGAAUUUGAAUACAAGAUUAUGCUAUGGCGUGAAAGUUAAGUCUUGUCUGUGCAUGUUUGUAUGCUGAUGUUUAUAUCCGUAUGCUGUGAAUAUUUUUUAUCUGUUUUUCUUUGUAAAGUGUUGUAAGAUUUUAUUUAAAAGGGAACAACACUGUAUAAAAAAGCUUUGAUAGAACUCAAAUUUGAUUUUGCUGGCUUCAGUUCUUUUUGUGCUCCUUUGGGCGAUCCAUUUCACUUAACUCAUUUAAGCUUGUAUACCAUUCUUUAGAAACUGGAAGUGUUAUGCUGGCAAAGGCUAAAAAUAAACCCUUUGCUUAUAGCACUACACGUUAAUAUCUCGAACACCUUUUGUAAGAACACAAAACUCCAGGUGUGAGCAUGUUAACAGAAAGUAGGUCACAGUCCAAGGGUCUUACUUUGAUAUCACUAGAGAUAAAAUUACUCACACAAAUAUCAUAUAGUAAUAUUCAGACUUGCCUGCUAAAGGUAAAAACAUGACCUCUACUAUCCCUAGCAGCAACAUGGAAGAAAAACUACAGAAUCUAAUAAAAGGAACAGAUGAAGACAUUUACCCACCCAUAUUUCAGUUUAACAGAUUUUUCUCUAGCACCCAAAAACCACAGAUUUGAAAACAAUCUCAUAUUUUUACUGAAAAUAUAACUAAACAAAAUCAGCAACAUUCUAAAGAAAGUGGGCUGUAUGUUUGGCAGGGCAUCUUGACUACCACAUCUGGAUAAAUUUCAAUAUGCAGUAAUUUAACCGGUUAGUAAAAAUGCAUAGCUAUGGCUUAUGCUCCAAGUCCGUGCAAACACAGGCUCCCUCUGCAUACCUGAGAGCUCUGCCAGGGAGAAAUUAUUGUCACACAAUUUAAUGUCUCCGUGAUGUCCUUUAACUGCUAAAUUUCAAAUAUGUAAUUUGAUGAUUUGUGGAAGGGACUUGGCAAGUAGAUCAAUUUUUAGUUUGUAUUUACACUGUUAAAAUCAUUUACAUUUGUUAUAAGGCUUUAAAUAUAUAACCGAACACAACCAAAUCUUUCAACUACUGCAAAUCUUGUUUCAAGCUAUGUUCAUAAGCAACUAAAAGACCUAAAUU